UCCACAACUAGAUACCACAAACCUCGAACCGAGUCAAAGAAUCGACUUCGAAACAUCAAAAACCAAAACCAAAACCAAAACCGACCACACGAUGCCCUUCUCAUUCACAUCCUCCUUCUCCUUCUCCUCCUCAAUCAGCCACAACGGCAAGACGGAGGAGAAGCGCUGGGCCCGCAAGACGGAACGGAGUCCCUCGGGCACCACCGUCCGGACGGCCUCCUACAAGACGGGUGAGCCCGUAUACCUCGAGCGUCGCGAGUACGAUUCUGCUGGAAGGGCCCUACCAGAGGGACGCGCUGUCAAGAGUGAUGGGGCAGAAAAGAUUGAUCGUCGGAUCGAGGACGUUUCCGAGCGGGAAUGAUUGCUAGAAGCAAGGAAUGGAAUUAUCGACAUGAUGAAAAUGGAGUUUUGGGGUUUGAUUUGGGAGGGUUGCUUUGCUUCAGGGCCAGUCAAUCAGCGAUUAUUCGUCGCACUGGAGAAGUGUACUUGGUGUGUCGACAGGAGGUGUUCUUUGUUAUUUUGAGCAUCAUCAA